CGGGGCCGCCAUCCCGGGCCCACUCCCGCACCUACCCCGGGACCUGGAGCGCACACGUCGGUGCGAACUCAACUUUUUUUGGCCCGCACCGCAGCCACUGGCUCCCCGCCCCGCGCUUGCAGACACGAUUUUCCUUGGCCCCGGGCGCCAGCCCUCCCCACCCCUGCUCCUCCCUUGUGGUUCGCGGGCGGGGGCUGCAGACGUGGCCGCCCAGGGAGGCAGCCGACUGGGCUGCCCGGCUUAAGGACAGGGCUCUUCCGGGCCCUUCACCUUCGGUGAAUCCCACAUCCUCUUCUCUCCUCGGUUCCCCACUUCGGAUUCAGCGUCUCUGCCUUUGAGACGACCCUCUUUACCCCUGCCCAAACCCCUCCCUGUGCCUCUCUGUGCCAACCUGCACUCUGGCCAGAGAGUGCGCCUACUGGGGACCUGACUGCCUGUGAGCGCGCCAGUGUAGAUCUGCAGGGACAGUGGACCUCUGUGAAGCACUCACAUGGAGCAGGACGUGUCUAGGCACUUGAAGUGAAUUAACUUGCUUAAUCCUGCAGCAUCACCGGUGGGAUAAGUACUGUUACUCCCAGUUAGGAAGGAGUUAAGGGAGGGGUGGCGGUUAUGUAACUUGCCCAGGGCAGUCAAGUCUGGGUAGAAGAUUCCAUCACCUUAACUCUUUAACCAAGGUGUCAGGGUCUGGAGGUAAGCCCCGUCUCCCUCCUCCUUUCUCCCAGGUGCCUGCCUCUCCCCACACCCCUUUCUCCAUCUCCUACCCAGGGGGCUGUUCCUCUUAAGACCCACCCUUGGAGUUUGAGCUCGGCUGAGGACAUGGGUCUGUGUGUGUAGUGGCAAUGCAUGUCCAAUUUUGCUUGUAGCAAGUGUGGGUAUCACAGGGCGAAGGCUGGUUCAGGGCAGGUCAUUCUCACCGCCCCUGUUUCCUGCAGGGUUGACAGUGAUGUGGAUGGUGAUUUGGCUGACAAAUGCGUGUGAUAUCUGCGACCGAUCAUGAUGGGGAUAUGCAGGAAGUGUAUGGUUGACAUGUGCCAGGUGAUGUGAUCUGGACCUCUGAUCUGUCUGUGGUGGUGACAGGGCUGAGGUGAUCUAUGCCUGAUGUGAAUGAUGGCUAUGUGUGUGUAUCACUUGACUGCCAUGUGCAGAGGUAGCACAGGACAGUGGCAUGUGCUGCUGGACAUUGCAGAGGUUUUACAGGUUUGACAGUUGUGUGAGUGCCCCAGCCCCCAUGCCCUUGUCUGCCCCUAGCUUGAUUCAAGUGGUCACAGCAAAAGCCAGCAUCCCUGUUUCCCUAACUCUGGGAGGACCUCUCUCCCCAGAGGGUAGACUGAGCCAUACCCCCAGGAUCAACUUGGACCAGUGGGUAGGCAGAGCUGAGCUUAGCUGCUGGCACCGCCUUGGCCCCUACAGGGUGACUGGAGGGAGCUGGAGCUACAUUGGCUGAGUCCUGCUAGAUCCCCGAAGGCUAGGCCAGCUCCUCCCACUAUACUCCUUUCUUCUUUCUCCUCCUCUUACUCCUUUUUAGCCAGACCUUGGCUGUCUGCAGGAUGGGGGACACCCUGAGCCCCGGACAUGGCAACCACAGAGAGAGCAGCCCUUUUCUUUCUCCCUUGGAGGCUUCCAGAGGAAGUGACUACUAUGACAGGAACCUGGCACUGUUUGAGGAAGAACUGGACAUCCGCCCAAAGGUAUCGUCUCUUCUGGGCAAGCUUGUCAGCUACACCAACCUCACCCAAGGCGCCAAGGAGCAUGAGGAGGCUGAGAGUGGGGAGGGCACCCGCCGGAGGGCAGCCGAGGCGCCCAGCAUGGGCACCCUCAUGGGGGUGUACCUGCCCUGCCUGCAGAAUAUCUUCGGGGUUAUCCUCUUCCUACGGCUGACCUGGAUGGUGGGCACGGCCGGUGUGCUGCAGGCCCUCCUCAUCGUGCUCAUCUGCUGCUGCUGUACCCUGCUGACGGCCAUCUCCAUGAGCGCCAUUGCCACCAACGGUGUAGUUCCAGCUGGAGGCUCCUAUUUCAUGAUCUCCCGCUCACUGGGGCCAGAAUUUGGAGGUGCUGUGGGCCUGUGCUUCUACCUGGGAACAACAUUCGCAGCAGCCAUGUACAUCCUCGGGGCCAUCGAGAUCUUGCUGACCUACAUUGCCCCACCAGCUGCCAUUUUUUACCCAACGGGUGCUCAUGACACGUCGAGUGCCACUUUGAACAAUAUGCGUGUGUAUGGGACCGUUUUCCUGAUCUUCAUGACCCUGGUGGUGUUUGUGGGAGUCAAGUAUGUGAACAAAUUUGCCUCGCUCUUCCUGGCCUGUGUGAUUAUCUCCAUCCUCUCCAUCUAUGCUGGGGGCAUCAAGUCUAUUUUUGACCCUCCUGUGUUUCCGGUAUGCAUGCUGGGCAAUAGGACCCUGUCCCGGGACCAGUUUGAUGUCUGUGCCAAGACAGCUGUGGUGGACAACGAGACAGUGGCCACCCAGCUAUGGAGUUUUUUCUGCCACAGCCACAACCUUACCACCGACUCCUGCGACUCCUACUUCCUGCUUAACAAUGUGACCGAGAUCCCUGGCAUCCCCGGGGCAGCUGCUGGUGUGCUCCAGGAAAACCUGUGGAGUGCCUACCUGGAAAAGGGUGACAUCGUGGAGAAGCACGGGCUGCCCUCUACAGAUGCCCCGAGCCUAAAGGAGAGCUUGCCUCUAUAUGUGGUGGCUGACAUCGCCACAUCCUUCACCGUGCUGGUCGGCAUCUUCUUCCCUUCUGUAACAGGCAUCAUGGCUGGCUCAAACCGCUCUGGGGACCUCCGUGAUGCCCAGAAGUCCAUCCCGGUGGGGACCAUUCUGGCCAUCAUUACAACUUCCCUCGUGUACUUCAGCAGUGUGGUUCUCUUUGGCGCCUGCAUCGAAGGUGUGGUUCUUCGGGACAAGUACGGGGAUGGUGUCAGCAGGAACUUGGUGGUGGGCACACUGGCCUGGCCUUCACCCUGGGUCAUCGUCAUUGGCUCCUUCUUUUCAACCUGUGGCGCUGGCCUCCAGAGCCUCACGGGGGCACCACGCCUGUUGCAGGCCAUUGCCAAGGACAACAUCAUCCCCUUCCUCCGGGUGUUUGGCCACGGGAAGGUGAAUGGCGAACCCACAUGGGCACUCCUCCUGACAGCACUCAUCGCCGAGCUGGGCAUCCUCAUCGCCUCCCUCGACAUGGUGGCCCCCAUCCUAUCCAUGUUCUUUCUGAUGUGCUACCUGUUCGUGAACCUGGCCUGUGCAGUGCAGACGCUGUUGAGGACCCCCAACUGGCGGCCCCGAUUCAAGUACUAUCACUGGGCGCUGUCCUUCCUGGGCAUGAGCCUCUGCCUGGCCCUCAUGUUUGUCUCCUCCUGGUACUAUGCCCUGGUGGCCAUGCUCAUCGCCGGCAUGAUCUACAAGUACAUCGAGUACCAAGGGGCUGAGAAGGAGUGGGGUGAUGGGAUCCGAGGCCUGUCCCUAAGCGCUGCCCGCUACGCGCUGCUGCGGCUUGAAGAGGGGCCUCCUCACACCAAGAACUGGCGGCCGCAGCUGCUGGUACUGCUGAAGCUCGACGAGGACCUGCAUGUGAAGUACCCACGGCUCCUCACCUUCGCCUCCCAGCUCAAGGCCGGCAAGGGCCUGACCAUUGUUGGCUCUGUUAUCCAGGGCAGCUUCUUGGAGAGCUAUGGCGAGGCCCAGGCUGCUGAGCAGACAAUCAAGAACAUGAUGGAGAUUGAGAAGGUGAAGGGUUUCUGCCAGGUGGUGGUGGCCAACAAGGUGCGGGAGGGGCUGGCCCACCUCAUCCAGUCCUGUGGGCUAGGCGGCAUGCGGCAUAACUCCGUGGUGCUGGGCUGGCCCUACGGCUGGCGACAGAGCGAGGACCCCCGUGCCUGGAAGACCUUCAUUGACACCGUGCGCUGCACCACAGCUGCCCACCUGGCCCUGCUUGUGCCCAAGAACAUUGCUUUCUACCCCAGCAACCACGAGCGCUACCUGGAGGGCCACAUAGACGUGUGGUGGAUCGUGCAUGAUGGCGGCAUGCUCAUGCUUCUGCCCUUCCUGCUGCGCCAGCAUAAGGUCUGGAGGAAGUGCCGGAUGCGCAUCUUCACAGUGGCCCAGAUGGACGACAACAGCAUCCAGAUGAAGAAGGACCUGGCUGUCUUCCUGUACCAUCUGCGCCUUGAGGCCGAGGUGGAAGUGGUGGAGAUGCAUAACAGCGACAUCUCUGCAUAUACCUAUGAGCGGACGCUGAUGAUGGAGCAGCGGUCACAGAUGCUGCGACAGAUGAGACUGACGAAGACUGAGCGAGAGCGAGAAGCCCAGCUGGUCAAGGACCGGCACUCGGCCCUGCGGCUAGAGGGCCUGUACUCGGACGAGGAAGAUGAGUCCGCAGUGGGGGCUGAUAAGAUCCAGAUGACAUGGACCAGGGACAAGUACAUGACUGAGCCCUGGGACCCCAGCCACACUCCUGACAAUUUCCGGGAGCUGGUGCAUAUUAAGCCGGACCAAUCCAAUGUACGGCGUAUGCACACCGCUGUGAAGCUCAAUGAAGUCAUUGUCACGCGCUCCCACGAUGCCCGCCUGGUUCUCCUAAACAUGCCUGGCCCACCCAAGAACAGCGAAGGUGACGAAAACUACAUGGAGUUCCUCGAGGUGCUGACUGAGGGCCUUGAGCGGGUGCUAUUGGUGCGCGGUGGUGGCCGUGAAGUCAUCACCAUCUACUCCUGAGCCCAGUGUCGUGUUGUGGCCUGGAGUGGAGGUCGUGGCCGGGAUAUCACAAGCUGUGGUCUGGGGUAACAGCCUCCUCCCAGCACCCACCUGCCAGCUCUGUUUGCCUGGCCCUGUCCUGGACCCAGCUUUGCUAGGUCUCCUUGGAAACCAGGUCUGGGCCUCUGAAUGGAGAUGGAUCCGAGGUCUUGGGGGACCCUGGGAGGUUUGGGGACUUUACCAUCUAGCACCCCAGUAGGCCUGUCCUGGCCAGAGAAGACUGGUGGGGGCCGAGUGGGGUUUGAAGGUAGCUGGCCCAGCCCAGCCCAGGAGCGCUAUUUAUUGCAUAUUUAUUGUUUGGACGUCACCAUCAGAGACGAAGGGAAGGGUAGCCAGGGAGGGGGUCCAGCCCAGCCGCCUGCAGGAAGAUCUGGCUCAGUCUACUACUGGCAGGGCCCCCCACCAAGCUGAGCCGAAUGGAAACAGUGAGCUGAGGCCUGACUUUUUCAAUAAAACAUUGUGUAUUCUGGG